AUGAAGUUCUCCGGGUUGGCUGCAGCAACUGCUGCACUGAUCCUAUCAACACAAGUGUCUGCACAAACUUAUACUAAUUGCGACCCCCGAGAACAAAGUGGCUGCCCACCUGACCCAGCACUCGGCGGUUCCGCGAACUUCGAUUUCACCAAAGGGGCUCAGAAAAGCUGGACGGCAUCCGGCAAAGUAGAAUACAGCAGCAGCACAGGCGCAGCUUUCACAGUUGCCAACUCGGGCGAUUCACCCUUAAUCACCUCCGACUUCUACAUCAUGUGGGGCCAUCUCGAAGUUGUUCUUCAAGCAGCCCCCGGCACCGGCAUUGUCAGCAGUAUAGUGAUGCAAUCAGAUACCCUAGACGAGAUCGAUUUCGAGUUUCUUGGAGGCCAAGACUCGAAUGUACAAACAAACUACUUUGGUCACGGUGACACAUCGCAAUACAAUCGUGAGCAGACGAUUGCAAUGUCGAACAACCAGAACAGUUUUCAUACGUACACAGUCGAUUGGACGGCCAAUAUGAUUGUGUGGCAGGUUGACGGCAAGACUGUUCGCAGCAUGACUCCAGCAUCCGCCAACGCAGGCCAAUACCCUCAGACCCCGAUGAUGAUCAAGAUUGGUAUCUGGGCUGGCGGUGACCCCAGCAACCCAUCAGGCACAAUCAACUGGGCCGGCGGAACGACGGAUUAUAGCAAGGGCCCUUUUACCAUGUACUGCAAAUCGGUUUCGGUGAUUGAUUAUUCGACCGGAAAGCAAUAUGUCUAUACCAGUCAGAGUGGAACAUCAGACUCCAUCUCGGCUGUAGGAGGCAGUGUUGAUGGUAAUAUGGCUGCGACCGCAUCGGUGGCUACAGAUGCCUCUGCGGCAACAGUCACUUCAUCUGGGGGUGAUGCCCCUAUCCCAUGGGCUGGCACUCAUCGCGAAACCUCGUCUUGGACUACUCCAAACAUUUGGCCCUGGGUAGCAACCGCCACUGCGUCAAUUACGAAUGAUAAUCCUUCAUCUGCGCAUACUACUUCCGGUAGUGACAAGUUGACUGUGUUUACAAUGUUCUUUCCAGUCUAUUUCAUUUCAACCUCCCUUGUCUUUGGGUUCCUCUUCCCUCUGUGGCGUUAA